UUAUUUAUUGCAUUCCAGAGCUGACCAAGACACAAACAAAGCCAAAAUGAAGUUCAUCAUUGGCAUUGGAGGAGUGACCAACGGUGGGAAGACCACUUUGACAAAUAGACUAAUAAAGACAUUACCCAACUGUUGUGUGGUGCACCAGGAUGACUUUUUCAAGAAACCCGAUCAAAUAGAAGUCGGGGAGGACGGCUUUAGACAGUGGGAUGUGAUCGACGCCAUGGACAUGGAGGCGAUGGUCAACACGGUGAAAGGCUGGCAGGAGAACCCGGUCAAGUUUGCCCGCUCACACGGAGUCAGCGUGUCACGUAUAGCUGAGGAAUCCGACUCGGAGGAGGGGAUCCAUAUUCUCAUCGUGGAGGGGUUCCUCAUCUACAACUACAAGCCUCUAAUUGACAUCUACGACAAAUGUUUCUACAUUUCCGUUCCCUAUGAGGAGUGCAAGAAGAGGAGAAGUACAAGGACAUACACACUCCCUGACCCCCCUGGUCUGUUUGAUGGCCACGUCUGGCCCAUGUACUUGAGACACAGGAAAGAGAUGGAGAACAACUGUGACAGAAUAGAGUACCUUGACGGGAUGGCAUCAAAGGAAGAUAUCUACAACAAAGUGCAUGAAAGUGUUCAGAACACCCUACUGAACAAUUCAUAGGACGGGGACAACAAUGGAUUUGUGUACAGACUUGUAAAUAUAACUUUGCCUAAAUGGGUAACAUCCAGUUCUGCACUUCUAGCCUAAUUUGUAAAUAGUUAAUCCUGUAACUUAUUAAGAACUGAAGGCAGAAUCAUUGUGUUUUGUAUAGUCCUGUGUCAUUUUUUCUAAA